CCCCCCCUCCCCCGCCGCCGCCGGGCCGCCUCCCGCAUCUGCUGCGCUGCGCUCUCCCGGGAGAUCCGCGGGCACCCCUCCGCCGGGACCGGGCCGAGCCGAGCCGGGCAGGGCCAUGGCCCCGCCAGGCCCCGCGGCGCUGCGCUGCGCGCUGCUGUGCGCGCUGCUGUGCUCGCAGGGACUCGCUCCCACCCGCGCAGGCGAGUGUGGCAAGCUGAAGUCCUGCGAGAUGUGCACGGGCAGCAGCCACCCCCACAACAACACCGACUGCGUCUGGGUGGGCUGCGGGACCCCCGAGGAGCCAGAACCCGGGAGCUGCGUGCGGAGAGGCUCUGCCGUGGGGGAGAGCUGCGCCCUCUACAACAGCAGCACCGUGUGCCGAGCACUGAAGUCCCACACGGAAGAGCCUCCACGAUCCCAUAGCAAGGAGCCAGUGACACACCCCACAAGGACCACCACCACCAGUGCCCCGCUGACGGGCAGCCCCGAGUUCCACCCGCCCGGCUUCGACACGGCGAGUUUCAUCGGGGGCAUCGUGCUGGUGCUCUGCGUCCAGGCCGUCGCCUUCUUCGUCAUCAAGUUCAUCAAGUCAAAGGACAGCACCUACCAAACGCUGAUCUGAGGUCCCCAGGCUGGGGGCCGCUGUCCCCGCCCUCUCCGGGUGAAGAGGCCACUGCUGGUGUCACCCUGCCCGCGGCCGGACUAUCCCCCGCCCAGGCCCCCCACCACGACUAUGCAAAGCUGGGGCCAGCAGGGUGGGACAGCAGGGACACGACCCCAUCCCUGUCCCUGGGGUGCUCCGGGGGUUUGCACCCUCCCGCUGCCCCAGGGGAUAAGGGGGGGCAGGGGGGGCCCAUCCAGCCCCGAAUUCCACCCUCGGUCCCCCCACCCUGUGCUGGCCCCAGCCCCACACUGGGCAGAGCCUGAGCUGGAACUGGGGUUACAGAAACCAAUAAAGGAUUUUCCUGUAAUUUCUGGUGUCUGUGUCAUUGUCACCCUCCUCCUGUCACCCCGGAGCCCCAGCAGGGUGCUGUCCCGGGAGAUUCUGGUUGCAGAAACACCUUUGGGGAUUUGGCUGUUCCUGCCCACAGCGUGUACUGGUGGGCGGCCCCAGGUGACUCCAGUGCUCCCAGUGAUCAGGGACAAGGACCCGGUGUGGGUCCCACUGGGACAGGGCAGCCCAGUGUGGGGUACCCCGGUAAGAAAAGGGGGAUCCUGGUAAAGCAGUGACCCCCCUGCCCCACCCAGGGCUGUAACAAGGCCACUGGAGUCCCGGGGCUGGCAGGACAGUGAUGGGGGCAGUGGGACACAGCA